AGUUCAAAUAAUAAACGCACAGGGGAUAAGACACAAGCCAUGGAGGUAGCCGGGGUUUAAGGUUGCGAGGAAAAUGCAGAGAGUGUAGAGAGAGAGGGAGAGAGCGAGUGUGUGUGUUUUUUAGACAGAGAAACAGAGAAUGUCGAAGCUGCGAUGGGCGAUGGACAGUGGGUUUUGGGAUCUGAACCUCUCAACCGCCACCACCCUUGACGGAGUGGUGCGAGCUGUGCCGGACGAGCCCUGCUUCCCUCUGGGCGCUGCUCGAGCGAGCCGAGCCCUGCGAGUCCAGCAACUUUCUAUCAUGUCCCCCGGCUUUCCACUAGGGCUCAUACCUUCUUACACUGCCGGCCCUUCUACUCCUAAGGAGCUUGGUGCCCUAGCUUUGCAGUCCCUUCUCUUCAGCCCAUCAGGCUCCAACUGGUGGUGUACUUUAGUAGGGCAAUUUCGUCCAAAGAAACUAAUCACUGACAUUAAGGCGGAAGUAGCAAGUGGUGAAGAGCUCGAAUAUCCUGGGAUUAGGAACAUUGUGAAGCAUUUUUGGGACAAAGCGCUAUACUCCCUUGGUUUAUGUUCACAAAUCUCUCUUACACCGUCUUCAUCUCUCGUCUUUAGCACUGAAGGACAUGGUUACAAGAAGGGACGCCGCUCAAAAGCAAUGUUCUUUAAGAAGCUUUCUCAUCAUGAUGUAACACUAGAAGCUGCUUGGCCAGAAUUGUUCAUCGACAAGGAUGGAACUUAUUGGGAUGUGCCGUUGUCAAUGUCAUUGGAUUUGUCGUCUCUAGUUUCUGAAUCUGGACUAAGGUAUCGGUUUGGUAUACAUAAGAACCAUGGAAUUCCUCACCCUCAUACAUCUACCACUAAUGAUGUACCCCCAUCACUUAUGCCUGGGGUUUGCGCGAAAGCAGCCUUUUCUUAUGAGAAGAGCAAGGACAUUUGGAGACAAAAGGAGAAAUUGAAGGAUUUAAUUGUAAAAACAGACAAUGGGCAUGUUUUGUGGACUUCAUAUGAUGUGCAUCUAAGAGAACCUCAUGCUGCAAUAUCAGGAACUAUUGGUGGUAAAUGUUGUGCCUGGUUUAGUGGGGGUGAAGGCCCAAAAGAGGGAUCAGGCGAUGGUGGGAUUGCUAAGCUUCCAUUGAAGAAUAGAUCCCCAUUUAGUGCUGACUUAUUUGGAUCGGUUUGCUUUACGAUUCAACAUGGAAAAUUCAGGAAGGCAUUUAAUGACUUGACCAGAUUAGACGCCCGUCUUGACAUCCCCUCGGCAUUGGCAGUUAUUACGGGACCUGAGCGGCUGGCUUCUUCAAAGUUCAAUGUGAUCUUGCAGCAGCAGGUGGCAGGGCCAAUAGUAGCAAGGGUGGAUUCAAGGCUUUCGUUGAGUUCUCCUUCUGGCAGGCUUCCUCCACAUGUGGAGGAUGUUGUCUACAGCUUGAGCUAUUCCUUUAGACUCAUGCACUCAGGGAAGGUUGUAUGUUGGUAUUCGCCCAAGAGGAAAGAGGGAAUGGUAGAAUUGCGUGUUUUCGAGUUCUGACUUUUUUUUUUCGCUGCAAGUUUCUUUCUCUGAAAGUAAGAGUUUUAUACCAGAUCAGGCUUUUAGAAAAACAAAAAAUCUUAGGGGGGAUCUUUUUUGUGAUGUACCAUUUUGCAGUUCAUUACCCAUUCAGGGAAAAAAGAAAUUGUUUUGUAGGCGGUAUCAUGUAUGUGUGUGAGAGGGAGAGAGAUGGGCAGACAUUUCCAUAUCCGGGAAUCAUUGAAACUAUCACACCCCAUGUCUGUGGCGUAUGCUUUGCCAUGGGAUCUCUGUUCCAUUCUCCAAAUGGUGGAGAUCAUUGAUUGAUGGUUACUGGUGGUAAACUGUUGAUGUUUUUGUAGUGUAUCAUGCAAAGUACCACAUGGUAUCCUUUUCCUUUAUGAAACCUGAGACAACCGUUCGAAA